AUGCGAUAUGAGCAUGUUGCAUUCGAAGUAUCUUUAGCUGUACCAAGACGUUUAACGCCAAACAAUAUAAUGCGUGAUGGAUGUGUGCAAAGCAAUCUACCGAAUCCAUGUGCCGCUGAUAUUUGCUAUCAUAAGAAUUACAGAACAUUCGAUGGAUCAUGCAACAAUCUCAGAGAUUCACUGAAGGGUGCUGCGUUUACGCCGUUCAUACGAUUGCUACCUCCAGAUUAUGAUGAUCGCAUUAACGCAGUUUCAGAUUCGAUCAGUCGAGAACGUCCAAAUCCGCGUUUCAUAUCGCGAGCUCUUCUCUCAUCCAGGAGAUCAAUCGCUUCUCGAGCUAGCAGCAUGUUGAUGCAAUUCGGUCAAUUCCUGAGUCACGAUAUGAGCAAAAAUAAACUCGAUGGACGUUGUACGUGUCAGGGAGGCAGUGAAUGCAUUUCUAUAUCACUGAGCGAAAUGGAUAGCAGGAGACAUAAAUCACCUUGUAUACCACUGAAGAGAUCGAUACGAGUGUGUGGUACUGGAAUUCAUGGUGUUCCAAGACAGCAAAUGAAUUUGAAUACAGCGUUUAUUGAUGCUUCACAGGUGUACGGUAGUGAUGCGAUCACUCAACGAAAGUUUCGUGCCGGGGUACGGUCAGGUCUGAGUAUGAUUCCGAUUGGUGGACGCAUGUUUCCGCCAAUGGAUGGCCGUAACACGUUCAAUACGGGCGAUGACCGCUCGAAUCUGUUCGUCGGUCUUGCCGCACUUCAUACUGUGUUCGUUCGUCUGCACAAUAAGUUCGUUUCACUGCAAAUUUUGUCCAUGAUUGAUUCGGUAUUGCGCACGAUGAACAAGAAAUGGGACGAGGAUCGAUUGUUUCAAGAGACUCGAAAGGUGGUGGGCGCAAUCAUGCAGGUGAUCACCUAUCAAGAGUUCUUACCAGCCCUGCUCGGCUCUUCUCACAAUAAACUCAUUCCCAAAUACACUCACUACAAACCAAAUACCAAUCCAGCGAUUUCCAACGAAUUUGCUGGAGCUGCUUACCGCCUUCAUGGACUUAUUCAGGCGGAAGAACUAGGCUUAAUCUAUUCGCUUGAAUCGCACGAGAAAAGCAAGCUAUGA